AUGGAGGUCCCUGAUUCUGAACUUAUUACUACUGCCCUUUAUUUGGGAAAAUAUAUGGUGGAUGCUAAUCUAAAGACAAAAGGAGGACUCCCUGGGUUUCUUCUAAGCUUCCUUUUGACCACUCUGGAUGCUUUGGCUAAGGAAGAGGAUUGGAAGGUUUUCAAUACUAUUUUAGCUUGCAGUAUCUAUGGCAUUGUUUUGUUUCCCAACAUGGUUGAUUUUGUCGAUAUGAACGCCAUUCGUAUCUUCAUGAUAGGGAACCCUGUGCCAACACUUCUGGGAGACGUUUUCCAUUCCAUUCACUCCAGAAAUCACAAGCAGAGAGGUGGUUUAGUAUGGUGUUGCGCUCCGCUUUUGUAUCAUUGGUUCCGAAAUCAUCUCCCUUGCAAAGGAGUGUUUGCAGAUAACAAAGAAACCUCGAAAUGGUCUAAGAUAUUGAUGGGGCUUACUUCUAAUAACCCGGUGUGGUAUAGCUUGAGGUUGGAUAGAAUGGAAAGGUCUGAGGUGAUUGUGAGUUACGGAGAAUUUCCCAAUGUGCCACUCAUGGGAAUUAGGGGAGGAUCUCCAGAGGAUAAAAGCAUACAAGAAUAUUUGUUCUACAAUGUGACCGAUGAUGUUGAGAUGAUGAAGAAGGUUGUUAAGGCUUGGAACCAUAUUUCAUGCAAAGGAAAGGAAUUCUUUGGCAAGAAAGAUUGUAUUGCUUAUCCUCCUUAUACAUACUGGAUCAAAGAGAGAGUUCAAACUGUCUUGCUUCCUUUUCCAAUCGAAAAGCCAUUAUAUCCUCAAGAGCCGGAUCACCCUGAUUUUGUGCCUAGAGAAUACUUAAAUUAG